AUGGCAUCUGCAACACGACCAGUCGUCGCUAUCGCCGGAGCCACAGGGCAUCUGGGCAAGCAUGUCACGACAGCUUUCCUUUCCUCCGCCUUCCACGACAAAUUCUCUGAAAUCAUCCUCCUCUCCAGAAAAGAAUCUGGUCUAUUCGAGCCCAAAGAAUUACGAGCCGGCGUCAAAGUCACAACACGACGCUACGACGAAGACAACCUAGAAGAAGCCCUGCGGGGCGUCCAAAUCCUCGUCAACACAGUCGGACCCGCCGGCCACGACUUCAAAACCAAGAUCGCAGCCGCCCUACCACGAACGGACAUCAAAGUGUACUUCCCAUCCGAAUUCGGCGUCGACCACUACGGCCAUGACUUCGCCCACCUCGAGUGGUACGAGAAAAAGAAACACUUGGCAAACGCCCAGCCCGUCGUCACACACUUGAAGAUCUGCCGUGUAUUCUGCGGUCUCUUCCUAGAAGACAGUAUCGGGCCAUGGUUCGGUCUGGACACAAAUAACGGGAAAUACGUCAGCGUGGGACCGCCCCGGUCGCCGAUUUCUUUCACCUCGCUGACGGAUGUCGGCAAGACGGUCGCUUCGCUGGCGACUCUUCCCGAUGAGAAGAUUCCUGAGAUCGUUCAUGUUGGCGGUGAUACUCGGUCGAUUACAGAGAUUGCGGAGAUCAUGCAGGCUGCCGGUGCUGGGAGCAUUGAUGUGGCGGAAAUUCCGUAUGAGGAGUAUAAGGCGAAGACUACGGCUAAGGAAUCGUGGGAUCCGGCUGCUUAUUUGCGGUUUUUGAUGGGUGAUGGGAGUAUCAAUCAUACCGCUUCUGGACUUGGAGUUGAUAAUGAGCUUGUGAACCCCGGUCAGCGGCUGUGGAAGUGGAAGACUCUGGAGGAUUUAGCGAAGGAGACUCAAGGACGGCCUUGGAAAGACACUGUCUGGCCUCCGAAAUAG